UAUCUUCAGUCCUCAAGGGCAGACCUUGAAGGAAGACCUUUUGGGAAAGAGAAAUGGAAAUGGUAUAAGUUAUAAGCUGGAACAACCAUCUAGAAAUAUGCUUGAAAAACUCGCUGCAAGUUAUCAUUAUGUUUAUAAUGACUAUGAUGAGGAUAAAAUUUUUGGGAAAUGUUGGACAGCUAUUAGCUCAAUUGAAAAUAUUGAAAAGGAGUUCGGCAGUGAUGUUAACUUAGGUAAUAUCAGUGAAUCUGGAGUUGCUAACGAGUUGUGGGUGCAACAUGGUCUACUGAGAGAAUGUAUAGAACAGUUGAAAAAUGCUGAAUCAUCGAGGUCGACAUUGGUGACCCAUUUAAGAGACGCACUUAAUGAGCAGGAGUUGAAGGUUAACCAACUCCAAGACGAACUUCAGGUUGCCCAGUCACGGUACGAUCAACUGGGAAGGCUCUUGCUUGGACAAGCACCACCUCCGCCGCCGCUCGAAAAUAAUCUUGAUGAGAUACCGCCUCCUCCGCCAGCUUCAACCUAUUGCGAAACUCCGCCACCUCCCGAGUUUCCUCCAGAACAUGAAAACGGAGUGCACACUACAAAUGAAGAAAGCCGACUGGAAAUCUCAGGGCACAACAUUAGCUAUGUGUUCUCCUUAGCUUCUGAAGGAGUCAUUGGUCAAUCUGAUGCUAGCAAGAGGCAAAGACUCAACAAGAACAGUAGCACUAGCUUUAGCAGCGUGCCUUGUUUCUUGCCUCAACCUCAGCAUCCUCCACCGCCCCCACCUCCACCUAUCUUGUACUCAGAUUCAAUGUAUCAACCUCCAUCGCUGCCUUUUCGACCUCCACCACUACAGCCGACCGCUUUUAGCUAUGGAUCGCCGUCUUUUCCAGUAGUUGGGGUUCCCUCAUUUCCGAGCCCUUACCAGUAUGGACCAGACGGUGGUUAUUUUGGGCAGCCCUCAUAUCCUCCACCAUUUCAAUAGUGUUGGUGGUUUUAUAUUAAGAAAGAGAUAUUAGGGUUAUAGACUGUUGUACUCUCUGCAUGCUCCACCAAACGGGAUAUGUUCAUGGUCGUUUAUAGUUUAUAUAUUAGUAGUGCUGGUAUUGUGGUAUAGUUUCUGGGUUAAAAGUGAUAUAUACAUGUAUAUUAUUACAGCAGACCAUAAUGGAGGCCAACCUCAUUUGAAGUGUUGAGCAGGAGGAAACAAAAGUUGGUAAAAAAGUGGAUUUUGAGUUAUAUAGGUUUGCUGGUUGGUUU